AUGGGAUAUGCACUAACAGAGACAACAUUUAACUACUACAGGGGCGAAUUACAAAGAACAGAUAGAGCAGCUUUGGAGUGGAUAGACAAUAUUCCCAGAGAUAAGUGGUCGAGGGCGUUCGACGGAGGACAACGGUGGGGACACAUGACCACAAAUUUGGCCGAGGCUAUGAACUCGGUACUUAAGGCUACCCAAAACCUUCCUAUUAUAGCAUUGGUCAAGUCAACGUACUAUCGUCUGGGAUCGCUGUUUGGAAAACGAGGAAACGAUUGGACAAAACUGUUGGCAUCCGGUCAAAUUUUCACGAAAAACUGUAACAAGGGAAUGGCCAACGAGGCGAUUAAAUAUAGCAGCCAUAAUGUCAUUCAAUUUGAUCGCGAGAGAUUCUGUUUUAUGGUUGCCGAAAGCAUUAAUCAACGCGAUGUCCGACCAUUAGGUACUUUUAGCGUUGAUCUCAGGAGAGGGUGGUGCGAUUGUGGGAGGUUUCAGGCAUUUCAUUUACCUUGCUCUCAUGUAAUCACAACGUGUGCCAGUAUACGACAGGACCAUAACAUGCACAUACCAGAUGUUUUCAAGGUUCUAAGUGUAUUCAAAAUAUACAGUCAAAGCUUCCUUGGACUACCACACCAGCAAAACUGGCCAACAUAUGAAGGAUUCACUCUUUGCCAUGACGAGACAAUGCGAAGAAAUAAGAAAGGGCGUCCAAAUAGUACAAGAAUUACAACUGAAAUGGACGAUUUUGAGAAAGAAAAAAGAUGUGGAAUUUGUCGAGAAAACGGUCAUAUGCGGAGAAAAUGUAAGAACGUUGCAGGCCCAUCAAAUCGGCCCGUCUAA